AUGCCCAGUGCCCACUCUAUUAUAAUAACCGGGGUCGUGGUCGGGGUCGUGUCGUCCGCGACGCAAUCCCUUGGGCUCACGCUGCAGCGGAAAGCCAAUGUCGCGUGCUCGGAGUCCCUGUACCGCAACCCCACGUGGCAAUUGGGACUGGCACUCUUUUUGCUCGCCAACCUCGUCGGCAGCACGGUCCAGAUCGCUACGCUGCCGUUGAUUAUCUUGGCUCCCCUCCAGAGCUGCGGUUUGCUCUUCAAUUCCCUCGCCUCGCACUAUAUCCUCCAAGAACGCUCUACGUGGCGCACGCCGCUCGCAACGCUUCUCAUUGUCGGUGGUGGCAUGGUCAUCGGCGUCGCUGGCGUCUCUGCGACCGAGUCUCAGCCGUUAACACACUCGCUCGCAGAGUUGCUCGCGCUCGCCCAUGGCCAACUUUUCCUCAGAUGGUUUGUCGCUACCAAUUUUUUCGUUCUGUUAGCGUUGGUUUAUGCCCGCGUCUACAGACCCAGCACGCUGGCAAGAGGUCUCGUUUAUGGUUGUUGCAGCGGCGUGUGGUCCGCGCACGCACUUCUACUCGCGAAGUCCGCUUCUGACAUUAUCACGCACGCGCUGGUACACAAAAGUUCAGAUCUCAGACAUCUGCCGUUUUACGUCCUCGUCGCAGCGUUUGUCGCUACUUCCCUGACGCAAUUGUUUCUCCUGAACAAGGGCCUAUCUCUCAUUUCUACUUCGAUCCUGUACCCACUGGUCUUCUGCGUGUUCAACCUCAUCAACAUCUUCAACGGUGUGCUUUUUUUUCCUCAGGACAAAUUAACGUCUCUACAGAUGGUGUUUAAGCUUUUGCCCGGCGUCAUGAGCCUCAUAACUGGAGUGGCGCUGCUAUCAAGAGAUCAAUACAUGUUAUCUCAGCGAGACGAGCCUCUGUUGGCUCCAGAUACUUCCAAUCGGACCUCUACCCUAUCCUACACAAGUCUGAGACCAAGAUCGAUGGAUUUGUCCUCUUUACAAAAAAUGCAUUCAAAACCUGCUGAAAACGAUGGCUUUUACGUCUCCUUACCGCACGAUACGAAAAGAGACAGCAACAUAUCGGCAGGGUCUAAAAAGAAGGGCAGGAGGGUUCUGUCGUUCGAACAAGAGGGUUUGCUUAACCAAAUGGUUUAG